AUGAAAGGCUUGAUUUACAUUGCGGUGGUUGCCUCUGUGCAGGCUUCGCACUUCGGCCACCAAUCUCUCCACCGCCGGGCUACCGGUAGUCACAACUGUAAAACACACACUGUGCAGGACGGAGAUAGCUGUGUAAGUAUUGGCAGAUCGAGUGUAGCGACAUGGGCGCAAUUGCUCUCCUGGAACUCCGAUAUCAACAGCGAAUGCUCGAACCUCGAUGACCUCUCUGGCAAGGAUAUUUGCGUCAGUAAUCCAUCCGGUGACUAUGCAAUUCCUGCCACCAGCUCUUCGGCCUCCAGUGGUGCAACUGGCUCGCAAAGCAUUAUCACCACCACAGCUCCUGUGCCCUCGCCAAUUGUCUCUGGGACAAAUAAGAAGUGUGCCAAGUACUAUCAAAUUAGGAAAGAUGAGACCUGCGACACCGUAACAGAGAAGACCGGUAUUUCUAAAUCUGCCUUCAUGUUUUUGAACCCCGAGCUCACGGAGACCUACACAAACCUCCAAAAGGAUGUGUACUACUGUGUGCAGGCUGUUGGAGAUAUUACAACCUACUUAGGCCAUGCUGGAAUCUCCAUGACCUCCGUUCCAUCGUCAGCCUGUAGACCCGACUUUGCCGGCGCUUUGAAGAACAACUCCAUCCCUGCCAUUCCUCUUGCCAAGGAUACUAGAAAGGACUGUUACGACUACAUUUGGAUAAACAACAUCACCGACAAUGCGCUCGCGGAUUGCUGGACAAUGGCCAUGACAAUCGACGUUCCGAAAGAGGACUUCAUUAUGUGGAACCCCUCGCUCGAGAAGAAUGCUACCGGUUACAAUUAUCCUUGUACACUUCAAAGCAGCUCGUCUUAUUGUGUGCAGCUCUUCAAGCCGACCAAUACUCAGACAACCAGAGUCCAAAGUCCCUCAUCGGUUGCUGCGUCGUCUACUCAAGGUCCAAAAUUCACAACUCACGCCUGA